CGGCAGAGCGGCCUGCGGGCCUCCCUGGAGCGGAUGACUCGGUGUGCGCUUCUCGGCCCCCGGGUAGUGUACGGGAGCUUUCGGGCAGAGGAACUCCGGCGUGGAAUUGGGGAGCCCGCGGCUGGCGGGUUGGCAUGGGGGAGUGGAAAGACAGGAAACGGUGGUCGUCAGUACCCUCUACCUGUUGGGCGUUCGGAGAUCUGAGGGAGCCGUGACGCCCCGCCUGCAGCCAGAAUGUCAUACCCAGGCUAUCCUCCCACAGGCUACCCACCUUUCCCUGGAUAUCCUCCUGCUGGUCAGGAGUCAUCUUUUCCCCCUCCUGGUCAGUAUCCUUAUCCUACUGGCUUUCCCCCAAUGGGAGGUGGAGCCUACCCACCAGCACCAAGUAGUGGCUACCCUGGAGCUGGAGGCUACCCUGCCCCUGGAGGUUAUCCAGCUCCUGGAGGCUAUCCUGGUGCUCCACAGUCAGGGGGAGCCCCAUCCUAUCCUGGAGUUCCCGCAGGCCAAGGGUUUGGAGCCCCACCCAGUGGUGCAGGCUAUCCUGGCUAUCCACAGCCACCUUCACAGUCUUAUGGUGGUGGCCCAGCACAGGUCCCACUACCUGGUGGCUUUCCUGGAGGACAGAUGCCUUCUCAGUACCCUGGAGGACAAGCUCCUUACCCCAGUCAGCCUGCUGCAAUGACUCAGGGAACUCAAGGUACGAUCAGACCAGCUACCAACUUCGAUGCCAUGAGAGAUGCAGAAAUUCUUCGUAAAGCAAUGAAGGGCUUUGGGACAGAUGAGCAGGCAAUUGUGGAUGUUGUGGCCAACCGUUCCAAUGAUCAAAGGCAAAAAAUUAAAGCAGCUUUUAAGACCAUGUAUGGCAAGGAUUUAAUCAGUGAUCUCAAAUCAGAAUUAACUGGAAAUAUGGAAGAGUUAAUCCUUGCCCUAUUCAUGCCACCUACGUAUUAUGAUGCCUGGAGUUUACGGAAUGCAAUGAAGGGAGUAGGAACUCAGGAACGUGUAUUGAUUGAAAUUUUGUGCACAAGAACAAAUCAGGAAAUCCGAGAAAUUGUCAGAUGUUAUCAAUCAGAAUUUGGACGGGACCUUGAAAAGGACAUUAGGUCAGAUACAUCAGGACAUUUUGAACGUUUACUUGUAUCCAUGUGCCAGGGAAAUCGUGAUGAGAACCAGAAUGUCAACCACCAGUUGGCUCAGGAAGAUGCUCAGCGUCUGUACCAAGCUGGUGAAGGGAAACUAGGAACAGAUGAAUCUUGCUUUAAUAUGAUCCUUGCAACAAGAAGUUUUCCUCAGUUAAAAGCUACCAUGGAGGCUUAUUCCAGGGCAGCUAAUCGAGAUUUGUUAGGCAGUAUUGGCCGUGAGUUUUCUGGAAAUGUUGAAAGCGGUUUGAAGACCAUAUUGCAGUGUGCCCUGAACCGCUCUGCUUUCUUCGCUGAGAGGCUCUACUAUUCUAUGAAAGGUGCUGGCACAGAUGACUCCACCCUGGUCAGGAUUGUGGUCACUCGAAGUGAGAUUGAUCUUGUACAGAUAAAACAAUUGUUCAAUCAUAUGUAUCAGAAGACACUGGGCACAAUGAUUGCAAGUGACACAAGUGGAGAUUAUCGAAAGCUGCUUCUGGCCAUUGUGGGCCAGUAGGAGAGAAUGUUAAAGUGAAUGAAGCUAUCCUUCAAAGCAUUCACUGACCUGCAUGCAGCAAUAUCAGCCAUCGCCUAACCAAAGAGCUUUUUACUAAGGACUGUGUCAGGGUAUUGUGCUUGGUUUGCACAGGUGGUUAUUGCCUUAAUUCCAAUGUUAUUUGUCCUCUAUAUACUAUCAAUGUAAAGCCAUAUCCCAACAUAGUAAUAAUGUAAUGUUUGUAAAACAUAAUUCUCAUUGCUUUCAUUCUAUUCAGGAUACCAAAUUGAAUAAAAAUCACACCAAUCUCU